AUGAAGUUGAGGGUCAUCGACGACGAUUUGUUCCCCUCGACGCCGGGAAAGGUGAAGAUCGAGAGGACGCACGCGCUGAACCGGCAGCUUCAUCGCUGCUUCGCCUCCACGAGCACGCUCUUCCUGUGGGCGCUCCUCCUCGUCGCUCUCACCGCCUCCUACCUCAGCUUCCGGAGCUUCGUUGCCACAUCCUCCCGAUACUUCACCGCCACUUGGGGAGGCCUCCACUGGGAGCGCCAGAUCCGCUCUUCCGCAGCCGUGACCCGCCCCGACGGGAUCACGGUUCUCAUUACCGGCGCCGCUGGGUUCGUUGGCUCACACGUUUCGUUGGCCCUCCGCCGCCGCGGGGAUGGCGUCGUCGGGCUUGAUAACUUCAACGCCUACUACGACCCCUCCCUAAAGAAGGCCCGCAAAGCGCUGCUUGAUUCCCAAGGGGUCUUCGUCGUGGAGGGCGAUGUCAACGAUGCUCGCCUCCUGGCCAAGCUGUUCGACACCGUCCCCUUCACCCACGUGAUGCACCUCGCAGCUCAGGCCGGCGUCCGCUACGCCAUUGAGAAUCCGGCGUCGUACGUGCACAGCAACGUCGCCGGGCUCGUCACCCUCCUGGAGGCCUGCAAGUCUGCUGAUCCACAGCCCUCCGUCAUCUGGGCCUCCUCCUCCUCCGUCUACGGCCUCAACGACAAGGUUCCCUUUUCCGAGUCGCACCGUACCGACCGACCGGCCUCCCUCUACGCCGCCACCAAGAAGGCCGGCGAGGAGAUCACCCACGUAUACAACCACAUCUACGGCCUCUCCAUCACUGGUCUCCGCUUCUUCACCGUAUACGGACCGUGGGGCCGGCCCGACAUGGCCUACUACUCCUUCACCCGCAACAUCCUACAGGGCAAGCCCAUCAACAUCUACCGACGCCGCGACGGCGCCGAUCUCGCGCGCGACUUCACCUACAUCGACGACAUCGUCCGAGGGUGCGUUGCAGCGCUGGACACGGCGGAGGCGAGUACAGGGAGCGGCGGAAAGAAGCGGCGGCCGGCGCAGUACCGGAUCUGCAACCUGGGAAACACAUCUCCGGUGACCGUGCCGGCUCUGGUGAGAAUCCUGGAGCGCCAUCUGAAAGUGAAGGCGAAGAAGCACGUGCUGGAGAUGCCGGGGAACGGCGAUGUGCCCUUCACCCACGCCAACAUCAGCUCGGCUCGAGCCGAGCUCGGCUACAAGCCCACCACCAACCUGGACACCGGCCUCAAAAAGUUCGUGAAAUGGUACCUUUCUUACUACGGUUACCGGCUCAACAACAAGAGCGUGUAGGGUUUAAACCAUUUUUUAUCAUUAUUUUCGCUAUUUUUAAAUGGGUUAAUUCAUGCCA